GCUCGGCCUCAGCGGCGCCGGCGGCGGGGCCGGCGCCGGGGCCCGGCCCCGGAGGUGGAAAUCGCGGCCCCCGUUGAACCCGCCCCGGGGCUCUGCGGGAGCAGUAUGGCCGCCAGCCUGUGGAUGGGGGACACUGUUGAGCCUGGUUCAUGCAUGCCUGCUGGUUUUGAGUGGCAUCGACCCUCUUAAAUGAGUCUUCUUUUUGAAGUCUGGAGCCAUAUAUGGAUGAAAACUUUGUUUCAAGAGCCUUUGCCACCAUGGGAGAGCUUGUACUGAGUGUAAAAAUCAUUCGAAACAGGUUGACAGGAAUUCCAGCAGGUUAUUGCUUUGUAGAAUUUGCAGAUCUAGCUACUGCAGAGAAAUGUUUACACAAAAUCAAUGGGAAACCGCUUCCUGGUGCUACACCGGCAAAGCGAUUUAAACUGAAUUAUGCAACGUAUGGAAAACAGCCCGACAACAGUCCAGAAUAUUCACUUUUUGUGGGAGACCUGACUCCUGAUGUGGAUGAUGGCAUGUUAUAUGAAUUUUUUGUUAAAGUUUAUCCAUCGUGUAGAGGUGGAAAAGUUGUUUUGGACCAGGCAGGAGUAUCCAAAGGUUAUGGCUUCGUGAAAUUCACGGAUGAGCUGGAACAGAAGAGAGCACUGACAGAGUGUCAGGGAGCCGUGGGCUUGGGCUCCAAACCCGUACGCUUGAGUGUGGCUAUACCAAAAGCUAAUCGUGUGAAACCAAUGGAGUACAAUCAGAUGUACAACUAUAAUUAUAACCAAUAUUACCAACAAUAUCACAACUACUAUGCCCAGUGGGGCUAUGACCAGAACACAGGGAGUUACAGCUACAGCUAUCCCCAGUAUGGAUACACACAGAGCACGAUGCAGACAUAUGAAGAAGUUGGUGAGGAUGCAUUGGAAGAUCCAGCGCCUCAGUUAGACGUCCACGAAGCAAACAAACAGUUUAUGGAGCAGAGCGAAGAGCUCUACGAUGCCUUGAUGGACUGUCAUUGGCAGCCUUUGGACACUGUCUCCUCAGAGAUUCCAGCUGUGUUAUAGCCUCGUUGCUGAGGCCCCGUGGCCGUGUGACAAACCUGCACCCGGAGGGAUGCCGAGGUAGCCGGGGGUGGCCCUUUCCCCACCCAGGGCUGGGACGCGGAAGCCUGGGAGGACCGUGGCCUCCUCUGCCCGGAACGAGGACCGUGAGGAGCACCGUGGUGGCUUCUGUCCGUGGUGAAAGUCAGGACUGCAGCAGUUUUUAUUCCUUUUUUUGUCUUGAAAUGAACUCUUAAUACUUAUUGGGAAAUGUAAUUUAUAAACUUCCAAGGAGGUGGCACAGGGGAAAGACUCUGCUCCGACAUACAAUAAAGAAGUUGGUCUUUUAAGUAAAAUGACCCUUUGCAUUUUGGUUCCUGCCCCUCUUUCUGUUUUGCUGCCCAUUUAACUUGGUACAACUCUCCUGUAUGUCUUGAUUUUUUUUUAAAACAAUCAUUGUUGGAGGCCACUAAAAUGUCUCAAAAGCUUCCUGGUGACUGGGUAAGGUUGCUGUAACUCGAGCACAGGAAAGAACUGUGUAAGAUGAAAGCUCAUGUUAUGUUUAAGCUGUGAUCUUGAGCUGGUGAAUAUAGCUCAGUGUUCUUAAACAAUCUACCUGAAGAGCAUUUUGGAGAGUAAAGACAGAAAGGAGCAUUAUCAAACCACCACAGAUCACUGCCUUCUCUCUGGUCAGCACAUUUGGCUUGCUCCUCCUCCUGUGUCCGAGGAAAUCAUUCCCCAUCAACCGAGCAGCUGAAAAACACUUCCACCAGUGACCUCAUCUAAAUGUUAUUUCAUGUAUCAUGCCUUUUCUUUUCCUCCUGGUGGAUACACCUCGAUGGUCUCCUGGAGAUGCUGAGAUGUGACGGCAUCUUCCACUGUCCUGGCGGAGCGAGGGUGGGGACACAGAAGAUCUUGCAGCAAAAACGGGUCAGAGAUGUAUUGUGCAACAAAUUGUUGCAAACCUGGAAAGUGGUUUUCUACUGGAUGUUGUAUAAGCUGGAUCAACUAGCAAUAUAUUUAAGCUAAUAUUAUGGUUGCAUUGGAGGUGAAAGGAGAAACAAUAGCACUUAUGUACGUGUUAUAAAGCCCGUGUCAGGCUUUUGUGCCUUAAACUCUUUGGAGAAAUAGGAACAGAUGAACUACCUGUAAUAAAUGUCUAUCCAAGAAACAGUUUGGUAACUGAAAUUGCUACUGCAAAGCAUUGAGUUGCCUCCCUACCCAUGUUGAUGCAGAGAUUUGCCACAGAGUUGAAAUCCUUUGAUAAAGCCUACUUCUGUUA